ACGACGACGAGUAGCAAGAGGCUCAUCAGAGGUUCAUCGCGCCGGCGAUCGUGUUUCUGGUGUGACGUUUAACCAGUGCUGUUCGUUUCACCUCGCCUUGUUUGACCGCUUUGUCGCACCCGUUCUCUCGGUUUUAUCGCAAAACAAAGUGCCUUCUUCACUUGCCAACGCGAGUGAAUACGACGUUGCGGCACUAAAUAAUCGCCUCGUGUGCCGCCGCGUGGAUGAAAAUGCCGCGCAAGAGAACGUUCACACUUCACGAAGUGUUCGCUGGACGCAGAAACGGCACGAAGAACCCGAGGUGAUCUUCGUGCUUUCAUUCUAUACAAGAGAUUCAUUUCUGUACCUCGUUCAAAUAUCAGUACCUCCGCAGGAAAAAUGGAAGAAUCUCAAAGAUAUGAGGAAUCUGAUGUGUGUAAAGAACGACCAUCUUACAGCUUACGAAAAUUAGGAGACAUGGUGCCAGCGCGGGUCGUGCUGUAUAUGCUCUCAUUUUCUGGAUUCCUUGUGUCUUUCAUGAUGAGGACGGACAUUAAUAUCGCCAUGGUGGCCAUGGUGAAGUUGCCGUCAACAUCGAACAAUGAAACCGCCGUGGUAACAUCUCACUGUUACACAAUGACGAAUGCGUCACAUGCGGAGAACACCACUGUAAUCAGACCGGAGGAUGCUGGCGAGUUCGAAUGGAGUUCAGCCACCCAAUCGGCCAUUCUCAGUUCUUUUUACUGGUGUUAUAUACUUUCGCAAAUGCUCGGCGGUGUUCUCACUCAAUACUUCGGCACUAAAACCAUAUUCGGCGGAUCGCAGGCUGUCACUGCUCUCUGCAGCCUGCUUAUGCCGAUUGCCGCAGAUAUGCAUUACGGGGCCAUGAUAGCAUUACGUAGUAUACAGGGCGUUGCAAGUGGACUCACGUGGCCCGCGAUGUAUGCUGUAAUUGGACACUGGAUUCCACCUGUGGAACGUUCACGUUUCAUGUCUUCCUUUCAAGGGUUCAGCAUCGGCAUCGGAUUGACUUACCCACUGUGCGCGUUCAUCAUCGCCCAUUUCGGAUGGCGUGCCGUGUUCUACACCAGUGGCAGCAUCGGCCUCAUUUGGUGCGUCUUCUGGUACUUCUGCGCCUUCGAUACUCCCGCCUCGCAUCCCAGAAUAUCCAAGCUGGAGCUCCGUUACAUUCAGGAAGGUGUUAGGAACCAAGUUAUCGGCGCGAAUGAGGACCUGCCUGUUCCUUGGAAAUCUAUACUUACUUCCUUGCCGGCUUGGGCUAUCGGUAUCACGACCUUCGGAAGAAUAUGGGUACACUAUGUCUUUAUCAUUCCCGGUCCGAUGUACAUGAAGACGGUUUUAGGAUUCAGUAUACAGGCAAACGGUAUUCUGUCCGGUGCGCCAUUUAUCUGCAGCUACUUAAGUUCCGUUGUGUUUUGCUACGUGGCAGAUCUCCUAGUUACUCGGAAAAUUUUGACUUUACUCACUGUGCGCAAGAUAUUCACCGCGUUAUCUCAAGUGGUUCCUGGAAUUCUCGUAGUUUUAAUUGGAUACUUAGGCUGCGAUAUUAUUAUCGCUUUAAUUAUAUGGUUCAUAGCUGUUACUCUUAUAACAGCUGGUUACGCGGGUGCAAUGGCUAAUAUCGUUGAUAUCGCACCUAAUUUUGCCGGACCGGUGUUGGCAUUUGCACAAACAAUUCAUAUGACCGCCAGUUUCCUAUCGCCUAUAGCAGCUGGUCUGCUCACACAGGAAAGCCAAUCUCUCGACGCGUGGAGAAAAGUAUUUGCGGUCACUGCCUGUGUGUCCUGCAGCACGUAUAUUGCCUAUCAGAUUUUCGGUACAGCAGAUAUACAAGCGUGGAACUAUCCUGAUCAAAAAUAUCCUCCAUCUAUGCAAGAAUCUAUACCGUUAAAUGAGAAAGUUCGUAAAAAGAGCAGCAUCAUUCCGAUUACAAUACUUGUAUCAGAAACUUAUGCAAAGAAAUCGAGCAAAGAUGUAGAAAAUAAAGACAGCAAUGAGAAACAGAAACAUGAUGUAAAACACCAUACAAAAAAUAAACAUCAAUCAGGAGAAAAAGACAAACAUGUAAAAGAGCAAAAAAAAAGAAAGAGCAGCUCAUCAGAACAGGACGUUGAAAAUCCUUCCGAAAAAUACACAGAAGCAAAAAAUUCUUACAAGUCAGAGAAGUCAAAGAAUAAGCGAAACAAACGUGAGGAGAAAGUUGAAGUGAUAAAUGAAAAAGAAAACACAAAUACCGAAUCGAAACAUUCGAAAGAUAAGACAAAGACAGAAGCACAAAGCAAGAAAGACAAGAAGACCAAACAGUCAAAAAAAUCCGAACAACAAUCCGAAGCUUCGCAGGAUUCUGAGAUUCGCCAAAAAUCGAAGAAGAGCUUGAAAGAAGAAAAGAACAAAAAGAAAACGAAAAAUGUUGAGAAAGUAAAAAACAUUGAAGAGAAUGCAGAUGCUGAUGUCCAAAGCAAAAAAAAAGUAAAGCGUUCCAAAUCGGAAACUUCUGAAAAUGCUCAGGAUGUCGUUAAUAAAAAAAAUAAAAAGACCGAGUCUGAUAAGAGAAAGAAGAAGCAGAAGGUACCAAAGAAUACGGAGUCUGAAAAAGCCGAGGAAGAUUUAAUUGAAGUUAAUUCCGAACAGGAGGAAACUGUGCAAAGUACAAAGAAAAAUAAACAAAAAGCUCGAGAAACGAAAGAGAAUAAGAAAAACAGGAAGAAGCGCGAAGUAAAACAAGAAGAAGAGGCGAUUGAAAACGAGCAGGCGGAAGAAAAUCUCAUCGAGGAAGAACAAACAAAUGCAAAUGGAAAUUCGAACGAAGAAAAUGAGCAGGCUGAUGAAGACGAGAAUACGAGAAGUGAGGAUGAAAAUGAAGAAAAUUGCUCGGCGCAAGUAGACGGUGAACAGUGUGCGAAAUCAGAACAUUAAUAUUUUAAUACUUCGAUUUAAAAUCUGGGACUUUUGAAAACAUUCAGAUAUCAAUUAUCUUACGUUCGCAUACUAUCGUGUCUUAUCACGGUGCCGGUGAAGGUAUCAAAUGAUAAUGCGUGCUACGUGGGGCGACUUUAUUUAUUUUGUCUAUCUAUGUGAUUAAUUGUAUAAAGAUGUCUUUCCUUACUAAUGUCUGCUAUUAAAUUUCUUAUUUCUAAACACCACUUGUCACAGUCUUGAUGUCUUCUUACCGAUAUCAAUAAUUGCUCAAUAUAUCGAUGGGAUGCGCUGAAAAUAUUAUUUCACAAUUAUUAUCUUUUAUCAUACACACUUACACAAUUUUAUAAAUAAAAAAAUUGAAAUGUC